AAAGCCUAGUCUCCUGUACCAACUGCCAUUCAACCGUGAAUAACUACCACUCUUCCUCAGAAGAGAAACAUCGAUUUCCCAACCCUCUUAAGCCUGAGUCAUGACCCUCCUACAGAUUCUCUACUCUCUUUAUCAUUUCUCUCAAAACACUCCCAUGUAAAAACCAGGCAUACCCACAAGUCCAACUCACCCGAUUCAACUCCACUGACUCAUCCCACCUCGCUCACCAUGCUCAAAGGCAAGUUCAAGCUCCCUGACAAAGCUCGCCGCGUCUUCCCUCUUGGAAGCUUAAUCGCGGGUCUUGAUGAUAAGGGAGAAGAUGAAAGUGGAGGGUACGACCUGGUUUUUCAGUCCGGAGAGGAGCUCGAGUUUAUUCAGCCCAAUGGGGCCGAGGUGGCUAAGGAAAGUGACUAUGAAUUCCAAUGUGAAUUCGAUGAUGAUUUUGGCAUUAAUGACAAAAUGAUGGAUAAAGAGGAUGCUAAGGCCCCGAAAAGAUCCUUAAAAGAUGGACCGGGACAGGUUUCGGUGAUGGAAGUUAUUGCCGCCGACGAGAAAAGGUCUGAUCUUGAACAUGAGCUUUCUCAGAGGGAAAUAAAUUUAGAAAAGUUGAGGAGAAUUGCUAAUACAGGUAUCCCUGAGGGAGGAGGUUUGCGCGCAGCAACUUGGAAGCUUCUCUUAGGUUAUUUGUCUCCUUCCCGUGACUUGUGGGAAAAGGAACUGACUGGGAAUAGACAAAAAUAUGCCAAGCUAAAAGAGGAACUUCUAUGUAGUCCUUCAGAGGUCAAUAGGGUAAAUGAUGAUGCAUUGAAUUCUGAUGAGCUGAAUGUUGAAGGUGAUGUUGCUGGACCACUUAAGAGACAUGGGGUUUCUCAUGAAGAUCACCCCUUGAGUGUUGGUAAGAGUAGUGCUUGGCAUCAGUACUUCCAGCAUACAGAGAUUGCAGAUCAGAUUGACCGUGAUUUGCAGCGUACACACCCAAAUAUUAAGUUCUUUUCCGGAGACUCAUCAUUCAGUAGGAAAAAAAGGGAUGCAAUGAGGAAUAUUCUUCUCCUAUUUGCAAAGCUAAAUCCUGCUAUUCGUUAUGUUCAAGGCAUGAAUGAGGUCUUGGCGCCAAUAUUCUAUGUAUUUAGUACUGACACUGAUCAGCAGAAUGCUGCAAAUGCAGAAGCAGAUAGUUUUUCUUGUUUUGUUAGACUACUGAGUGACUCGGUGGAUCACUUUUGUCAACAGUUGGAUAACAGUCCAGUUGGUAUCCUAUCCACACUUUCCCGAUUGAUGGACUUACUGAAAGCAAACGAUGAGGAAUUGUGGCGGCAUCUUGAGUCCACAACCAAGGUUAAGCCACAAUUCUAUGCAUUCAGGUGGAUCACAUUGUUACUUACUCAAGAAUUCAAAUUCCAGUCCAUUUUAAGAAUUUGGGAUUUGCUUCUGAGUAAUCCUUCUGGUGUUCAGGAUAUGCUUUUGCGGAUCUGUUGUGCAAUGUUGUUAUGUGUGAAAAGCAGGCUAUUAAGCGGGGAUUUUGUAGCCAACUUGAGGCUUUUGCAGCACUACCCUGAUAUCAACAUAGAACACCUUCUUCAGGUAGCGCAGGAUCUCAGUCCUGAUACUGUAUCCUGUCCAUUGUCUCUGUAAAUUAACUGCAGCGUAUGUCAUUUGCAUGAAAAUUCUGUCUUAACAAGCUUUGUGAUGACAAACAAGAUUUUGAAUUGCCCCUGA